AUGGAUUCCUGGCCCAUAAAAGCGUCCACACAAAAUGGACCAGAAGUACAUACAGAGGCGACAACAGCAAAACGCGAUAAUUGGGGAAAUGAUAUUGAAUUCUUAAUGUCUUGCAUAGCCCUCUCUGUGGGUUUGGGAAAUGUUUGGCGAUUUCCUUUCAUAGCCUUGGAGAAUGGUGGCGGAGCAUUUCUAAUACCUUAUAUUAUAACACUGCUGCUGGUCGGCAGGCCAAUUUAUUAUUUGGAAAUGAUAUUGGGACAAUUUUCGAGUAGGGGUAGUGUAAAGGUGUUUGAGUACGCGCCGAUUAUGAAGGGUAUUGGUUAUGGCCAGGCCAUAUUAACGUUUUUCAUUGCCACCUAUUAUUCCUCACUGAUGGCCUUGACUUUACAUUAUCUGGUGGAUUCAUUCUACGCCACAUUACCAUGGAGUUAUUGUCGCGAAGAAUGGGGCGAUCAGUGUAUAGAUUCGAAAAUUCAAAGGGAUGGAACUCCCAAAGUUGUACGCAAUAUUACGGGAGUAAAGAAGACAUCAGCAGAAUUUUAUUUUGUAAAUAUAGUUCUCCACGAAAAGGCCAAUAUAGAUGAUGGUAUUGGUGUCCCGAAUUGGAGAUUAGCCAUAACCUUGGCCGUUUCAUGGCUGGUAAUAGGUGGUGUCAUCAUAAAGGGUAUUAAAAGUUCCGGUAAAGCAUCAUAUUUCUUGGCCAUAUUCCCAUAUGUGAUUAUGUUGGUGUUGCUGGUGCGUUCGCUAACUUUACCGGGUGCCUUUGAUGGUGUUCUGUUUUUCCUUACACCACAAUGGGAUCGGUUGUUGGAUGCCAAAGUGUGGUAUGCUGCAGUAACACAGGUUUUCUUCUCGCUAACCGUUUGUUAUGGCAUUAUUUUGAUGUAUGCCUCAUUUAAUCGUUUCCGACACAAUAUCUAUAGAGAUUGUAAUAUAGUGACAUCACUGGAUACAUGCACUUCCCUGCUUUCGGGCAUUGUUAUUUUUGGCAUUUUGGGAAAUUUGGCUCACGAAUCUAACAAUCCCGAUAUAAAGAGUGUGGUUAAAUCAGGACCUGGAUUGGCGUUUAUUUCUUACCCAGAUGCUAUAGCGAAAUUUGAAGCAGUGCCACAGAUUUUCUCCGCCCUUUUCUUCUUGAUGAUGUUCAUAUUAGGUGUGGGCAGUAAUGUAGGCGUUAUUUCAAGUGUGAUAACUGUGAUAUGUGAUGGGUUCACUACGAUCCAACGUUGGGUUGUUGUUAGUGUUAUGGUGGUGAUUUGUUAUUGCUUCGGACUGAUGUAUAUCACACCCGGUGGCCAAUUUAUUAUGAAUUACAUUGACUUCUAUGCGGUUACUUUGGUGGCCAUUGUAUUGGGAAUAUUUGAACUGAUUGCAGCCAGUUGGGUUUAUGGUGUUAAAAAUAUCUGUCGUGAUAUCAAAUUUAUGCUGAAAAUUAAAACCUCCAUAUACUAUCGGAUUUGUUGGGGCAUUGUUACACCAGUUUUUAUGACUGCCGUUUUAAUUUAUAUGCUAGUCGACUAUGAGCCACUGAAAUACAAUGAUACACUUUAUCCCGAGGGUUUAUAUGCUCUCGGUUGGUGCAUAUCGGCUGUUGGUAUUGGACAACUUUUAAUAUGGGGUUUCUAUACAGCUUAUACGGCACCCCAAUAUAGUUUCGGUCAGCGGUUUAAAAUUGCAUUUAAACCUACUUCGGAAUGGGGACCACUUGAUACUACAACCCUUAAAGAGUAUAGGGAAUAUGUUCAGAGUUUUGAAGAAUCUUGUGCGCCAAAGAGAAAAGGAUUUUGGUUUAAAUUUUAUGAUAAUAUUUUUGGUUAA